UCGGAAGUAGCCGUUGCAAAGGCUUUCACGGGGUGUGUGUGCGCGCGCCUUGGUUUUCCUGUUAGUCCCUGGGUCCUAGCGCCCCGGGAUAGCGUGGUGGGCUGUCUUGACCACGAGCGUAUGAGCUGUUCAUAUCUGGUUCCUUCGCAACGCUUUUGCUGCUCCUCUAAAACUCAAGACACAGCGGGCAGCAGGGCUUCUGGAAAGAUAUUCUCUCACAGUCAAAGUGAGCCAGAAAUGGAAACAGAGGAAGAUCUGAGAAGAAAACUUCUUCAAGUCAGGAAAGAACUACUGGAUAUAACUGUUCAACACAAUGCAGAGGUAUCAAACUAUGAGUGCCGGUUUGUCAAGCUUCGAGCAGAAUUUGAAAGAAGUGAGGCUGUGCGACAAAGUCUGGAGUAUGAACUUGCUGUUGCGAGGAAAGAAGUUGCUAAUGAACGGUUUUCAGCAGAGGACAAGUUAGGUGAAGCAAAGAAACAAAUUGAACAGUUUGAAGCAAUGAUUAGAGCUUACCAGCAGAAAUUGAGUGACAUGGAGAGAAGCUAUCAUGUUGCUAAGAAGCAAUGGGAUGAGAGAGAACAAAGACUUAUAAAUGAUGUAUCAGAACAGGAACUAAUUAUUAAUACUUGUAAAAGUGAAUACGAGUCCCUUUUGAAGGAGAGGACUAAGCUGGACCACAUGUUGAAGGAGACUUUGGAACAGCAGAAGGAGCAGAAGAGCUUGAUAGAGUCAGAGAUCAGGGAAGAGGCAGCAGAGGAAUUUAGGUGUCAGGCAGAGCAAUGGAAAGCAGAAAGAAAUGAACUCCAGUUUCUGUUGCAGGAGAGUGACAGUGCAAUGCAGAAUGUUCAGAAGAAAAUCCAAAACCUGGAAAUGGAACACAGUAACUGUUCAGAAGCUCUGAGACGGCAGAUCAGUGACCUUGAAUUCAGUGCAAAACGAGAGGCUCAGCUUAAAAAAGAACUUGAGGCAGCUACAGCACGCAUAAAGAAACUGGAAGAAAACAUUGAGGCAGAAAGAGCAGCCCAUUUGGAAUCAAAAUUUAAUUCUGAAAUAAUUCAGCUAAGGAUUCGAGAUCUUGAAGGAGCUCUGCAAGUGGAGAAGGCCAGCCAAGCAGAAGCAUUUUCUGAUAUGGAAAUGAUCAAAGCCAAAUUUAAAGAGGUAGAAAAUGCCUAUGAGAGAGAAAAGCAUAAUGCUCAUGAGACCUUAGAGAAACUCACAAUGCUAGAAAGGGAGUAUCUCUCUGUAAACAAACAGCUAAAUGAAGAGCUAGAAGAGAAGAAGAAAGUAAUUACAGACUUUUCAGAGAGACUCCAGGAUAAUGAAAAAAGUUACAAAGAAUUACAAGACGAACUUUUCCUGACCAAGAAACGGCAGGCCUUCCAAACAGAGACCUGUGAAAACAACAUGAGAGAGCUGCAGUUACUCUUGGACAGCUUUCCUGUGUCAGGCCCACGGACAGCAGGCAUUCAGAAGGACAAAGAUAAACCUCCAAGCUUCACUCUUGUCCUUGAGACUUUGAGGCAUACCUUGACAGAUUACCAGAACAAGCUGGAAGAUGCAUCUAAUGAGCUAAAGAAAAUGAAAAUUCUCUCUGAGAAAAUGGCAAAAGAGCUCGAGUCUUCCCAACACCAACUGAGAUCCCAAAAUCAAGAACUUAAGGAAGCACAGAAUAAACUUGGUGAUGCCAACAAAGAGUUAAACCAUCUGCAGGCUAAGUGUGCAGAUCAAGAAUCUUUAAUACCAACCUUAAAAAUGGAGCUACAGGAUGUACUGCACUGCUGGGAGAAAGAGAAAGGACGUUCAAAAGAAUCUGAAAAUGACAUCCAGAAGCUUACACAGGCUUAUGAGAAGGAUACAGAGGAGAAGCUAACUUUCCUCCAUACUUUAUACCAGCACUUGGUAGCUGGCUGUGUUCUUAUAAAACAACCAGAAGGCAUCCUGGAUAAAUUCUCUUGGCCAGAGCUUUGCACAGUCUUGCAGGAGAAUGUUGAUGCCCUGAUCUUAGACCUCAGCAAGGCUAAUGAGAAGAUAUCUCACCUUGAAUAUGUUUGUAAGAACAAGUCGGAUACAAUGAGGGAGCUUCAACAGACCCAAGAAGAUACUUUUAACAAACUAGCCGAACAGAUGAAAGUGCAGGAAAGCUGUUGGCUGAAGCAGAAGAGAGAAUUGGAACAGCAAUAUGCUGGACUCCUUGGGGAAGUUCAUGCAAGGGCACAGAAAUAUGAGGAAAUGGCAGAAAAAAACAAAGAGAAAUUUGCUGCUGCUGCAAAGAUACAGGAGCAAUUACUCCUUGAAAAUUCAAACUUCAAAAGCAUGUGGGCGCAGACUCAAAAGGAACAUACGUCACUGCUGGCUGCCUGUGCACUUUUAUCUGGUGCUUUGUAUCCUCUGUAUAGUCGAGCAUGUGCUCUGUCCAUGCAAAGGGACUUCCUUCAAGAUCAGGUCAACACUUGUGACAUUUUCAAACAGGAAAUUCAGACUUUGGCUAAUGCACUCUCUGAAACAGAAGAAUGGAAACAAAGCGAUGGCAAGAUGAUGAAGAAAAAGCAUGACAAAGGCUUGAUACGUGUCUUCCGCAAAGGCGUCAUUGCAGUGCUGGCAGCCAACAGACUUCAGAUUUUGGGCCAGUCGUGUAGUGCCCUCUUCUCGUGGGUGGACAGCUUCAGAGAAGGCAUCGGAAUCUUAGUCUGCAUAGGAGACUCUAAGGAUGUACAUCACCUGUCAAAGCAACAGAAGAAACAAAUCCGUUCACUUCAAGCCUUCAAUUGGUUCACCAGUCAUGACCUUCUUGCUGCAGUCCUUAGUUCUAUGGUUGAACUUCAGGAAGUCAUUAACAAGACAGAUCUGAAUUCCUGGCUUUCGGGACAUUUACUUACCAGCGCAGCAAGAAGUUCUUUCUCAAAAUUCAUGGAGAGACUUUGUAUCGUGAUGGAAGUUGCUACAGCAGACUGCAGCAGAAAUAUUACUUAUUCAGAGAAAGACUCUUUGGUUCAGAGACUGGCUCGUGGGCUUCAUAAACUAAAUGCAGAGGCUCUUAAAGGAGACAUAAAUGACAGAGCCCCUGUUACGAAAAGCAUAGCAUCCUUGCAGAGGCAAAUAUUUGAAUUUACACAAAGGCUGCAUGCAGCAGAAGUGGAACGGAGGUCACUACGUUUAGAGCUUACGGAAUUCAAAGGGAAUUUGAAUGAGUUGAAGAAAGAGGCUGAUAAAGCCCAGAACCUACAAGAGCAAUUAAAUGCAUUUAAGCAAUCUAAAUUGAUUACCCACGAGAGGUUUGAAAGUGCAUGUGAAGAGCUAAAUAAUGCAUUACUUCGGGAGCAGCAGGCACAAAUGCUGUUGAAUGAACAAGCACUGCAGCUCCAAGAAUUGCAGUAUAAACUUGAAUUGCAUUCCUGUGAAGAAGCAGACAAAAACCAAACCCUCAGUGAAGCUGUAAAAAGUCUCUCCCAGGCAAAGAUGGAGCUGAGAAGAAAAGAUCAAUCUCUGCAUCAGCUCAAUAGACAUCUUACCCAGCUGGAGCAGGACAAGCGUCGACUGGAAGUGAGCAUCCGUGAUGCAGAGAGUGCCCUCCGCAUGGCAGCAAAAGACAAAGAAUUAAUUGCCAGUCAGAUGAAAUCUGUGGAAUCUACCCUGCAGAAUGUCAGAGAUCAGAUCUCGCUGUCACGGACUGUGGCAACCAGGAAUGACUUCACCCUCCAGCUACCUAAGUUGCACCUGGAGACCUUUGCAAUGGAAGGGCUGAAGGGCGGCCCAGAGGUUGUGGCAUUCCAGGCUAUGAUUGUAAGCUUUAUGGAGGUCUACCAGCUUGUGAGCUCCAGGGUUGCAACACUAGAAAGAGAAAUAACUUCCCAUAAGCAACAUAUCUCAGCUCUGAAAUCAGAACUCCAAACAGCCUGCCUUCGUGAAAGUGAAACCUUGUGCUCUGACUCACGAAACACUUCAAGCAUCCCUGCAGCUUCAAGAUCAUUACACCAGCUAAACCAAAGUUGCAUUCCAGAUUUUUUGCCCCUGAAGGCCGAAUCGGAUUACGAUACAUCUUCCAUUUUAGUGCAGGACAAACCCUAUUCUCCAGUUUCUUCGUUCUAUUUGUCAACCCUAAAUGUUACCGCUGCCACAAAAUAGGCAAUGUAAAACAGAUAGUGAAUUUGGUAUUUUUGUAAGCAUUUGGAGGUAGGGAGAACCUAACUAAAAUCUAUUUUAUUUCAA